AAGAUACUGUAUAAGAUUUUGUAGGUCUCUGGAAAUGGAAUGAUCCAGCAAUUUGUUAUUUGAAAAUGUAGUUUUGUCUGUUUUUGUCUUUGCAGUAGUACUACUACAUAUAUAUAUAUAUAUGUGUGUGUGUGUAUAUGGUCAGUAUUCAUUCAUAUUUACAUUCUUCACAUCCUUUCUCUUCUCCAAACACUUUACCACUACGAUUAUGGAGAAGCGUUUGCUCCUCCUUGGCUUGCUCUGUGCAGCACUUCUACUCCUAGUUCAAGAUGCCACAGGGUCCAGAGUUCAAAUGGCACAUCUCAGAAACUGGAAAGAUGACCAUAUUCCAUCAGCAGACAGAGAAUUGUGGGAAAUGCAGCAAAGUUCUAGAAGAUUCUUGAUCGGCUCAGUAGCUCCGACGUGUACCUACAACGAAUGCAGAGGUUGCCGAUUUAAGUGCAGAGCAGAGCAAGUUCCUGUUGAAGGCAAUGAUCCUAUAAAUAGUGCUUAUCACUACAAAUGUGUCUGUCAUAGAUAAUUAUUUGGCAUUUUUCUUGAAUUUUUUUGUCAAAAUGUAGAGUUAAGAGUCUUUUCCUUAUGUUUCUUAUACUAUUAUAAAUUAGUGUUAUUAUUAAUAAGAGAACUUAUGGGUCGGUUUUGUUAAAAGUUGUUGUGUUUGUGCCAUUUUUGUGCUUUAAGGUUUUGGAAUGUUGUUAUGAGCA